AUGACGGCUCAAGUCUCGCAAGAAGUCAUCAAGAAGCUUGACGAAGGACAAGCCAAAUUGCAGGGCGCCGCCGAUUGCAAGUCGCUGUUGAAGAAACACUUCACAAAGGCCGUUCUUCAAGCGAACAAAUGGAAGAAGACGAAACUUGGUGGCACGUUGUUGGACUGCGUGCAAUCGGGAGUCGAAAAUCUCGACUCGGGAGUAGGCGUCUACGCCCCCGAUGCUGAGGCCUACACUCUGUUCGCCGAUCUCUUCAAUCCAAUCAUUGAUGAAUACCACAAUGGAUUCAAGCCCUCCGACAAGCAACCCGACAUGGAUCUCGGCGAAAAGAAAAUUGGGGAUUUGGUCGAUUUGGAUCCCGAAGGAAAGUUCAUUGUGUCAACUCGUAUUCGCUGUGGUCGCUCACUUGCUGGUUAUCCGUUCAACCCUUGCCUCACCGAGCUCAAUUAUAAGAACAUGGAAGCCCGCAUGAAGACCAUUCUUGAGGGAAUCAGCGAUGCCGACUUGAAGGGCACCUACUACCCAUUGACUGGAAUGAGCAAGGAAGUGCAAACGCAACUGAUCGCUGACCAUUUUCUCUUCAAGGAGGGCGAUCGUUUCCUUCAGGCAGCUAACGCAAAUCGUUUCUGGCCCACUGGACGAGGAAUUUUCCACAACGAGGAAAAGUCGUUCCUUGUUUGGGUCAACGAGGAGGACCAUCUCCGAAUCAUCUCGAUGCAGCCGGGUGGCAAUGUCGGACAAGUGUUGGAACGUUUGAUCAAGGGACUUAAGCUCAUCGCCGAAAAAUCUCCAUUCGCCCGCCAUCCUCGUCUCGGCUGGCUGACUUUCUGCCCAACGAAUCUCGGUACCACCGUGCGCGCAAGUGUUCACAUCAAGCUUCCAAAGAUCUCGGCUAACAAGGAGGAGUUUGAGAAGGUAUGUGAGGAGAUGAAGCUCCAAAUCCGCGGAAUUCACGGUGAGCAUUCGGAGAGCGAUGCUGGAGUUUAUGACAUCUCAAACAAACAACGCCUCGGGCUUACUGAGUACGAAGCCGUUCGCCAGAUGUACGACGGUGUGAAGAAGUUGAUCGAAUUAGAGAAGGCCAAGGCU